AUGUCCUGCACACGGGCAGCUAGUCUCCCCACCUCCCUGGUCCCCCCCACUCCCCCCCCCCACAGCAGCAGCCGCGGGAGGGGAGAGACAGGGCAGAGGGUGGUGCUGCAUUGGCUCACGGUGGCCACCAUUUCCACACCACCUCCCCCCCCACAAUCGCAGUCGCAGAGGGGAAGGCGACGGGGGAGGUUGGGGCGGCAGAUAGCAGGUGGGGCGGCGGGGAAGAGGAGGUGCGGCGGAGUGCUGCUGGUGGUGUUACUGGCGGUCGCGGGUGUCGCUGGCGUUGUCACUGCUGGCGUUCCCGCCACACCCUUCCCCCGUCCCGCUCCUCCCCCACAGCGACUGUCGCUGCACACGACAACAGCCGCAACAGCGGGUGACGAGAAGGGGCCACGAUGGGAAAAGGGGAGGCGACGUGAUGCGACAGGGACGGUGGCAAGGACUGCAGAUGUCGCUGCUGGUGCUGGUUGUUGGCGGAUGGCGGCUGGUACGACGGCGGAUCCGUCGGCUCGCAGGCUGGUGGGUCCUUCGGCGGGUGAUGCAUAG